AUGUCAAAGCUUGCGAUUGUUGAAGAGAGAGAAGAAGACCGUUAUGACACUAUUACGCGCGUUAUAUGUUACGCCUGCCUGAAUUAUGAUAUGGAUAGGUCCAGUGGCGAUCUUCCAGCUGUGAUAGAGGGCGUCAUGAAUGCAAUGACCUUCGCAAAAAGAGAGGAGGUUAAAGCCUGGGAACAAGAAUUCGUGCCAUGUGAACAUACUCUAGGUUUAAACCAACAUGAGCCUAAACAAAUUGGUUCUCAAGAUCUCAGCCAGUGUUCCAUGUGCAGCCUAAAAGAAAAUUUAUGGCUUUGUUUGGAGUGCGGCAAUCUUGGUUGUGGCCGGAGCCAGUUUGGUGGUAUAGGAGGGAACUCACAUGCCCUCGCGCAUUCAGAUAUGACAUCUCAUUCGGUAGCCGUCAAACUUGGUUCGAUAACCGCCGAUGGAACGGCCGAUAUCUACUGUUACGCAUGCAACGAGGAGAGAAUAGAUCCCAAUCUCGGACCGCACCUUGCCCACUGGGGUAUUAAUCUCAUGGCUCGUGAGAAAACUGAGAAGAGCUUGAUGGAAAUGCAGGUUGAGCAUAACCUAAAGUGGGACUUCUCUAUGACGACCGAAGAUGGUCACGAACUCACCCCAGUCUUUGGCCCAGGGCUUACAGGUCUAGCAAAUUUGGGAAAUAGUUGCUACCUGUCGAGUGUCUUGCAGUGUAUUUUUGACCUUCCAGAAUUUCAGCACAGAUACUAUCAUGAAUACGACGAACCGCCAUUCACGCGACUCCCCGCGGAAGACCUGGAGACGCAAAUGAGAAAGAUUGCAGAUGGUAUUCUUUCGGGCCGUUACUCCCAGGCUGACAAGGAUACGGCUGCCACUUCUGAUUUGUCGGGAAAGCCACAUCAAAAAGGCUUGACACCAACAAUGUUCAAACAUCUUGUCGGUCGUGGCCAUGAAGAAUUCUCCACAAUGAGGCAACAGGAUGCUUUUGAAUUCUUGCUCCAUAUCUUCAAAUUAAUCAACCUAGCCAAACAUUCCGAUCAUGGGGAAAACCCGAUCAAAGCCUUCGAUUUUGCCAUGGAGCAGCGCCUCCAGUGCUUGUCUUGCCAAAAGGUCCGUUAUAAGGUAGAUGCUCAAGACAAUGUUUCUAUUCCGGUACCUGCUCGUCGGUUGACGUCGGACGACUCACAUUUGGCCGAUUCCUUUGCACCUGUGACAUUGUAUGACUGCCUAGAUGCCUUUACAUCAGAAGAGAAAGUUCAACUGGAUUGCCCCUCUUGUAAAGCAAACGAUGGCUUUUCCAAGCGCUCAUCUUUUCGAACAUUGCCGCAGCAUUUGGUCGUCAAUGCUCGACGAUUUGAGAUUGUGAACUGGGUCCCUACGAAGCUGGAAAUUCCAGUGGAAGUCAGUGAUCAGGCAAUGGAUCUUAGCCAGUAUCUUUCCGGGGGCCAACGGGCAAAUGAAGAACUCCUUCCCGAUAUUAACAAUGAGGAAUCUUUCACGCCGAACGAAAUCGCUCUAGAUCAGCUUCUCAGCAUGGGGUUCCCAAAAGCCAGAUGCGAAAAAGCACUCUAUAUGACUGGUAACACAGACGCCGAGGCUGGGAUGAACUGGCUAUUUGCUCACAUGGAUGAUGAUGAUAUUGAUGAACCUCUUGUUACCUCCGAGUCGGGAACAUCAUCUGAUGCUUCAUAUGAUGCCGCAAAAAUAGCACAACUCGGUGAAAUGGGGAUAGAAGAAUCUCGAGCCAUGAAAGCACUAGCAGCUACAGGAGGCGAUGUGGUUAGGGCAAUCGACUGGGUUUUCAGUCAUCCAGACGCGUUAAUUGAAGACGAAACCCAAUCAUCCGACAAUGCAUCUUCUAGUCAGCCCAGAGUCCCUGGGUUCGAUUCUACGCCUGCCAGGUAUCAGCUUCGCUCAAUUAUCUGCCACAAAGGCUCUUCCAUACAUGCUGGGCACUAUGUUGCAUUUAUCCGGAAAGCUUUGCCAGGACAAGAUGGUCUUUCUUGGGUGUUGUUCAAUGAUGAAAAGGUGGUGAAGGUUGAAGACAUUCAAGAGAUGAAAAAGCAUGCAUAUCUGUAUUUCUUUUCGCGUGUUUAG